ACCCGUCGGAGCAUGGUGUUUGCUAAACACCUCCGUGUAGUGGGAGAUGAGUUUAGAAAGAAAUAUCUUCAAUCCACUGAUGAGGCAGACAGGACUCAUUACAAGGAGGACUGGACACAGAUGAAGGUUAAGAUGGGCACAGCUCUAGGUGGUCCAUACCUUGGGGUUCAUCUCAGAAGAAAAGACUUCAUCUGGGGUCACAGAGAAGAUGUGCCUUCCCUGCAAGGAGCAGUAAAGAAAAUCCACAGCCUCUUGGAGAUGCAUAAACUUGAAAAAGUGUUCGUAGCCACUGAUGCUGUCGAGGAGGAGAUUGAGUUGCUCAAGAAACUGCUGCCUGAGAUGGUGAGGUUUGAACCCUCUUGGGAGGAGCUGGAACUCUACAAAGAUGGGGGCUUGGCUGUGAUUGACCAGUGGAUCUGCGCUCAUGCAAGGUAUUUUAUAGGCACCUCAGUUUCAACAUUUUCCUUCCGGAUCCACGAGGAAAGGGAAAUCUUGGGAUUUGAUCCAAAAACUACUUACAACAGAUUUUGUGGUGAAAAAGAGAAAAACUGUGAGCAGCCAACUCACUGGAAAAUUGUGUACUAAAAUACAGAGAAAUCCAAGGACUUCAGUACUGGCGAGCUGAAAAGAAUAAGGAAAAACUAUGAGGAAAUACCAAACUACAACUCAGUCCUCUACCCUCUUCUCAGUGUUUACUUGACACUUGGGUUUUGAAGUACAAGCAAUAUUCAUCUUCUUAGCCAGGCAGGGAUGGGAGUGAGGAAAAUGAAGGCAGCCUGGGAU